ACAACUUGCCCCCUCCCAAUAUGUAUAUUCACUCUACACCUUAUCUCUUCCUUCAAUUUUCCAUAUACCCAUUUCACUUUAUCCAUCUUUACACAUAUACUCUCUAAUAUGGGUAAUGAUAACCCAAAUUUGCCAGAUGAUCCAUUGGUUGUUGACUCCUCAUCCAAAGGAGGUGGCUAUGCAUUAAGUGGCAAAAUAAUGCUAAGUGCAAUAGUCAUCUUAUUCGCUGUCGUUGUUUUCAUGGUUGGUCUUCAUUUAUAUGCACGUUGGUACCUUUUAAAUCAACGGCGUCGUGAUCUUGUUCGUCGACGUAGGGUUCACCAUCGUCGUACACAUAUCGUGUUUUACGUCGAUAAUAAUAACUCCGGUUUAACCCAUGCAAACCGGGGUCUCGAACCGGCUGUUCUUAACUCCUUACCGGUUUUUAACUACUCCAACAAAACUCACACCGAACCGAUUGACUGUGCUGUUUGUUUAUCCGAUCUCGAAGAAAACGAAAAGGGCAGGAUUUUACCUAAGUGUAAUCACUCUUUUCAUUUGGAAUGUAUUGAUAUGUGGUUUCAAUCUCAUUCUACUUGCCCGCUUUGUCGGUCUCCGGUUGAGCCGGUUAACGAACCGGAUGAAAACCGGGUUGAUCAGGUGGUAGCUGUAACUGUCAAUGAACCGGGUGAACUUGGUGAACCGGGUUCAAGUUCCGGUUUAUGCAACUCUUGUCAGGAGAAUAGUAGUGUUAAUAAUACGACGUCGUUGGGUGGAAGGAGAAAAGGAGUGGAUGUAAGAAUUGACGUGCCACGGAGGAAUAACGAGUUAUUGGAAGAGGAGUUGGAAAUGGGACUCAGGCUGAGUUCACCAGCGAGUCAAUCAAGAUCACCCGCGAGUCGUUUAUUGUCUUUGAGAAGGAUACUCAGCAUGAACAAGAAAACACCCACGGGAGCUAGUAGUAAUUCAUCCGGUGUCGGAACAAGUAAUUGCUCAGCCGAGUUCGAUUUAGAAAUCGGGGAAAUUGCCCCGGUGUCUAGCAAUUACCGUUCACCUCGAUCACAUAUCGGCAACGUUCAUAAUGCAUCACAUUCACAACUCAGUGAGUGACCAACUCGGGCACAAAUAUCUAGGUAAAGAUAGCGGAAUAUGAAUAAAAAAAUGUCACGCUAGGAACGUUGGAUUUUGGGAAGUGAAAGACAAGAAGACAAGUCAGAAAACUCGUACUGAAUGUCCUAAUACACGUGGCAAUUUCAUGUGGACCUGAUGGUAACAUGGCAGUGAUGGAAUGGAGGGAUUGCUGUUUUUACGCAGUCAUGGUAGACUUUAGGCCGUAGAACUGCGAAUGUUUGACUUGUAAAUAUGAGGGUAGAGUUAGAAAAGUGCAACUUGUAAAGCAUUACGUGCAAGAGUCACUUACAAUGUGUUUAUUUCUAAAUUCGUUGAAUUCCUUUUAUCUAAUUCUAAAAUUAUUUGAAA